GCGGAAAGAAACAGUCAUGCCGUCACGUGGGCUGUUUUCACGCAUAAAAGGAAGGUCCUCUCCGUUAGCUUCCAGUUGUCAAACGACUCGCAGCGACCGUCAGAGGACGCUCAGGAACUCCGCACCGCGCCUUCCUCCAACUGGACAGGCGGGACUCACACAACGCAACGCCUCUGCCGGUCCCGCGCCCCUCCCGCAGCCGAGAUGCUUGCCCGCGCGCUGCUGCUCUGCGCCGCCCUGGCGCUCUGUGGUGCAGCAAAUCCUUGCUGUUCCAGUCCAUGCCAGAAUCGAGGUGUAUGUAUGAGCGUAGGAUUUGACCAGUAUAAAUGUGACUGUACCCGAACAGGAUUCUAUGGUGAAAACUGUACCACACCUGAAUUUCUGACAAGAAUAAAAUUAUUCCUGAAACCCACUCCAAACACAGUGCACUACAUACUUACGCACUUCAAGGGAGUCUGGAACAUUGUCAAUAACAUUCCCUUCCUGCAGAAUAUGAUUAUGAGAUAUGUGUUGAUAUCGAGAUCACAUCUGAUUGACAGCCCGCCAACUUAUAAUGUGCACUACGGCUAUAAAAGCUGGGAAGCCUUUUCUAACCUGUCCUAUUACACCAGAGUUCUUCCUCCUGUGCCUGAUGACUGCCCAACACCCAUGGGUGUCAAAGGGAGGAAAGAGCUUCCUGAUUCAAAAGAAGUUGUGGAAAAAGUACUUCUAAGAAGAAAGUUCAUCCCUGAUCCCCAGGGCACAAAUAUGAUGUUUGCGUUCUUUGCCCAGCACUUCACCCAUCAAUUUUUCAAGACAGAUCAUAAGCGAGGACCAGCUUUCACCACGGGACAGAGCCAUGGGGUGGACUUAAAUCAUGUUUAUGGUGAAUCUUUGGAGAGACAGCAUAAACUGCGCCUUUUCAAGGAUGGAAAAAUGAAAUAUCAGAUAAUUGGUGGUGAAAUGUAUCCUCCCACAGUCAAAGAUACUCAGGUCGAGAUGAUCUACCCCCCUCAUGUUCCUGAACACCUGCGGUUUGCUGUGGGGCAGGAAGUCUUCGGUCUGGUGCCUGGUCUGAUGAUGUAUGCCACAAUCUGGCUGCGGGAACACAACAGAGUGUGUGAUGUUCUUAAACAUGAGCAUCCAGAAUGGGACGAUGAGCAGCUGUUCCAGACGAGUAGGCUAAUACUGAUAGGAGAAACUAUUAAGAUUGUGAUUGAAGACUAUGUACAGCACCUGAGUGGCUAUCACUUCAAACUGAAGUUUGACCCAGAGCUGCUUUUUAACCAACAAUUCCAGUACCAAAACCGUAUUGCUGCUGAGUUUAACACACUCUACCACUGGCAUCCCCUUCUGCCUGACACCUUUCAGAUCGAUGGCCAGGACUACAAGUAUCAGCAAUUUGUCUAUAACAACUCCCUCUUACUGGAACACGGCCUCACUCAGUUUGUUGAAUCAUUCACCAGGCAAAUUGCUGGCAGGGUUGCUGGUGGUAGGAAUCUUCCAGUUGCAGUAGAGAAAGUAUCAAAGGCUUCAAUUGACCACAGCAGAGAGAUGAAAUACCAGUCUUUUAAUGAGUACCGCAAACGCUUUCUGCUGAAGCCUUAUAAAUCAUUUGAAGAACUUACAGGAGAGAAGGAAAUGGCUGCGGAGUUAGAAGCGCUCUAUGGUGACAUUGACGCCAUAGAGCUGUAUCCUGCUCUGCUGGUAGAAAAGCCUCGACCAGACGCCAUCUUUGGGGAGACCAUGGUAGAAGUUGGAGCACCAUUCUCCUUGAAAGGACUUAUGGGUAAUCCUAUAUGUUCUCCUGAGUACUGGAAGCCUAGCACUUUUGGUGGAGAAGUAGGUUUUAAAAUCAUCAAGACUGCCUCAAUUCAGUCUCUCAUCUGCAAUAACGUGAAAGGCUGUCCUUUUACCUCAUUCAGUGUUCAAGACCCACAGCUCACCAAAACAGUCACCAUUAAUGCAAGCUCUUCCCACUCUGGACUAGAUGAUAUCAACCCCACAGUACUACUAAAAGAACGUUCAACUGAACUGUAGAAGCUGAUUGAUCAUAUUUAUUUAUUUAUAUGAACUAUUUCUUUUAACUUAAUUAUUUAAUAUUUAUGUUAAACUCCUUGUGUUACUUAACAUCUCUGUUAAGGAGAAAGGGGUCAUACCUGUGAAGAUUUUCAUGUUGAUUUUAAAGAUGUCUUCAAGUUAAAGGGGGAAAACAGUUUUCAUCCUUUUGUACAAUCCAAUGAGAAAUGAGUGUGACAUCUUUUUACUUGAAUUUCAACUUAUAAUAAGAACAAAAGCUAAGAUGUUUGAACAUUUAAAUGCUGUUACAAGAUGACAAAAUGCUGCACAUUUCUUUCUACACUAUCGAUAUUUCCAAGGUGUCUUCCAUGAUGUGUGAGAAGCAGCUACCUACUCAAUGAUCAUUUUAUGAUCUUUUAGCCAUUUUCUGAUCAGUUUACUUCUAUUUUGUUUUCCUGGUUUUAAGGUCUGAGUUUGUCUUUCUUUGGACUCUAUACUUUCUUACCUGAACUUAUGCAGGUUUUCAGGAAAAGCUCAGCUCAGGACUACUACAGAAGGCCUUUACAAGAAGGUAUACACUCAUUUUAAGUGAAAGGCAGAGAACUUCGCGAAUAAUUUAAAACCAAAGUAGCCUUAUAGAGGCUAAUAGCUUAGAACUGUAGGGGGUUCUCACUUAAAAACAAAACUUAAUUGCUGAAUAGUUCCCAGGAAGACAAUGCUUCUUUUCCACAUCUCAUUGUCAGCUGACAUUUUCUGGUACUGUAUAUUAAUUUAAUUUAUUGAAGACUAUUAUUUAUGUCUUCUUAGGACGGUUAUUAUAAACUGGGUUUAAGGCUGCAUUGAUUUUUUUUUUCUGCAUUAUAUCAGAAUCAAUGUAUCUUUUGGGAUUACCUCUGAAUUAUUAAUACAAGAUAAAUAAUUGGCUUAAGAUUUGUGAAUACAUUUAUUUAGGAAUCCAACUUUGGUAUACUGAGAUGUAAAGUUGGAAUUUGUCUUUAAGGUUUACCUAUACAGCAGCCCACAGAGAAUGUUGUGUCUCAUUAGCCUGGAUGUGCUAUAAGACUGAUAUUUUGUACAUUUUUGAGGGACCUGUGGACGUUUCAUUAAUUCAUUGACCCAUAACUUUCUGGGGGGACAUUCCGUGCAAAGAACUGUGGGUUUUAAUAUUUUUAAAUCAAGCACUGACUACAGACAACAUCAGUAUUUAUGUAAAUAAUUGAAAAAGUAUGCCUCAGGCAGAGGGAGAAAAUAAAAUUUCAUUAAAGAGAAAUAACUCAGGGGAACUUUUAAGGUUUUAUGUUAUUGUUAAGAAAGAGUCAAUAGUAGAAGGGCUUGUAUAAAAAACUGUUAACUUGAUUUAAAAAAACUGAUUUGUUAAUAUCUGAAUGACUGAAUCUGGGAAUUUGGAAUAUGUGUUGAAUGUUUUGGUGCCUCAGACAAAUGUAUGAUUAAAUUAAUUUAUGUAAACUGUAAGUGUUGAAACAAAUGUCUGUUUAUUUUUGUACUAUUUAAGAACUGAACUGAAAAUCUCUUCUAAAAUAAAUUUUGACUGUU